UCUCUCUCUCUCAUCAUCCCCCCAUUCUCUCUCCUCCUCUCACCCCUCCCCUUUCCCCUCUCGGCGAAACCCUAACCCUCGCGCCUUCGCUCGGGGCCCCAUCGUCUUCGUCCCCUUUCUGCGGGAACCCUAGCGUUCCGAUUGGUGUCGCUCGAUCGCUUUCGCCGGAGGACUCGGCGGGGAAGACGAUGAGCUCGCAGAAGAAGCGCAACUUCAAGAUCGAGGCGUUCAAGCACCGCGUGGAGCUCGAUCCCAAGUACGCCGAGAGGACGUGGAAGGUGCUGGAACACGCGAUUCAUGAGAUUUAUAACCACAACGCGAGCGGCCUCAGCUUUGAGGAGCUCUACAGGAGUGCUUAUAACAUGGUGCUUCACAAGUACGGCGAGAAGCUAUACUCUGGUCUUGUAACAACGAUGACAUGGCAUCUGAAACAAAUAGCGGAAUCCAUAGAGGCUGCUCAGGGUGGCUUGUUUUUAGAGGAACUAAACAGAAAAUGGGUUGACCACAACAAGGCAUUACAGAUGAUCCGCGACAUACUAAUGUACAUGGACAGGACUUAUAUUCCCAGCUGUCAUAAGACUCCUGUUCAUGAGCUCGGGCUUAAUCUAUGGAGGGAUCACAUCAUUCACUCCGGCAAAAUCCAAACUAGGCUACUCGACACGCUUCUCGAACUCAUACAUAGAGAAAGGACUGGCGAAAUAAUAAACAGAGGGCUGAUGAGGAACAUUACAAAGAUGCUAAUGGACCUUGGACCUUCAGUAUACCAAGAAGAUUUUGAGAAGCCAUUUUUAGAGGUCUCUGCUGGCUUUUACAGUGGUGAGUCACAGCAGUUCAUUGAGUGCUGCGACUGUGGCGAUUACCUUAAGAAAGCUGAGAGGCGGCUUAAUGAAGAGAUGGAGCGAGUCUCCCAGUACUUGGAUGCAAGAAGUGAAGCCAAAAUAACUAGUGUCGUUGAAAAAGAAAUGAUUGCAAACCAUAUGCAAAGGUUAGUACACAUGGAGAACUCCGGACUUGUCAACAUGCUGUUGGAUGACAAGUAUGAAGACUUGAGCAGGAUGUACAACUUGUUCCGGAGGGUACCUGACGGGCUUUCUACCAUUCGAGACGUGAUGACUUCUCACCUUCGUGAAACUGGUAAGCAAUUGGUAACCGACCCUGAGAGACUAAAAGACCCUGUGGACUUUGUCCAGCGCCUUCUAAAUGAGAAGGAUAAGCACGAUAAGAUAAUCAGCAUUGCAUUCAACAAUGACAAGACUUUCCAAAAUGCCCUAAAUUCUUCAUUUGAGUUUUUCAUCAACUUAAACAACCGUUCGCCCGAGUUUAUAUCAUUAUAUGUCGAUGAUAAACUCCGCAAAGGGCUAAAUGGGGCCACUGAAGAGGACGUUGAAGUUGUCCUUGACAAGGUUAUGAUGCUGUUCCGUUACCUACAAGAGAAGGAUGUUUUCGAAAAGUACUACAAACAGCACUUGGCAAAACGGCUGCUCAACGGCAAAACUGUUUCCGACGAUGCUGAGAGAAGCAUGUUAGUUAAGCUGAAAACGGAAUGUGGGUAUCAGUUCACUUCUAAGCUGGAAGGCAUGUUUACCGACAUGAAGACCUCUCAGGACACCAUGCAAGAUUUCUAUGCAAGUCCAUUCGGUGAUAUUGGUGAUGGGCCCACCCUCACUGUCCAGAUCCUGACAACUGGCUCAUGGCCCACCCAACCUAGCCCAGCCUGCAACCUUCCCCCUGAAAUUGUUAAUGUUUGUGAGAAAUUUAAAUCCUAUUAUCUUGGAACCCAUACCGGGAGGAGAUUGACAUGGCAAACAAAUAUGGGAUAUGCUGAUAUAAAAGCUACUUUUGGGAAGGGUCAGAAGCACGAGCUCAAUGUUUCAACCUAUCAAAUGUGCGUACUAAUGCUUUUCAAUUCAGCCGACGGAUUAACAUACAAAGAGAUUGAACAAGCCACUGAGAUUCCGGCUUCUGAUCUGAAGCGCUGUCUUCAGUCUCUUGCUUUGGUGAAGGGUAAGAAUGUCCUUCGCAAGGAACCAAUGAGCAAGGAUAUCUCCGAAGAUGAUACCUUUUAUUUUAAUGACAAGUUCUCGAGCAAGUUUGUCAAGGUGAAGAUAGGCACAGUAGUGGCGCAAAAAGAAUCUGAACCGGAGAAGCAGGAGACCCGCCAAAGAGUGGAGGAGGACAGGAAGCCGCAGAUUGAGGCAGCCAUUGUGAGGAUCAUGAAGUCGAGGAGGGUGUUGGAUCACAACAGCAUAGUGACCGAGGUAACGAAGCAGUUGCAGUCCCGCUUCUUGCCGAAUCCCGUCGUGAUAAAGAAGCGGAUCGAGUCCCUCAUCGAGCGCGAGUUCUUGGAGAGGGACAAAGCAGAUAGGAAGUUGUAUCGGUACCUCGCAUGACUUUCUUGCAUGUAUUCUCAGCAGAAACGGUUAUGCUUUGUUUUCUUUUCUUUUUUUCUUUUUUCUUUUUUCUUUUUCCAUCUUUGGAAGUCCAUUUAACUUUGCGUAAGUGCGUAAUCUAUUAGCUUUGACACACCUUGGUUGCAUGGUUAAAUAGAAAUUACAUUCCUUUCGUUGUUUCGAUAUUAAA